CUUAAUCGCUGAUUUAAGUUGUUUGAACCUGGAAAUAAUUGGGUUGAAGUCUAAUUUUCAAUAGAAACAUAAACAAGCCAACACACAAGUCACUGAGAAGCCAUGGGGGAAGAUGAUUCUAACCCAAAAGAUGGAACUUUAAGCAAAUUGGAGGUGGAAGAUGACAAUUUUACGAAGGAUGGGACCGUAGAUUUCAGGGGAAAUCCAGCUAAUAAGAAGGAAACUGGAACCUGGAAGGCCUGCCCCUUCAUUUUAGGAAAUGAGUGUGCUGAAAGAUUGGCUUACUAUGGGAUGGGUACUAAUCUGGUGCUGUACUUCAAGCAUUGUCUAAAACUGAGCAGUGCUAAUGCUACUAAAACCAAUUCGGACUGGGGUGGAACAUGCUACAUCACACCAUUGAUUGGGGCAUUUCUAGCUGAUGCAUAUCUCGGAAGAUUUUGGACAAUUGCCAUUUUCUCAAUCAUUUAUGUUUUUGGGAUGACAUUCCUAACAUUGACAGCAUCAGUACCUGGCCUAAAGCCAACAUGUGAUACAUAUGGUAAUUGCCAUGCAACAGAAGCACAAAAGGCAGCAUGCUAUGUGGCACUCUACAUGAUAGCACUCGGCACUGGUGGGAUUAAGCCUUGUGUCUCAUCCUAUGGAGCAGAUCAGUUUGAUGAUGCUGAUGAGGUUGAGAAGAAGCACAAGGGCUCUUUCUUCAACUGGUUUUAUUUUUCGAUCAAUAUUGGUGCUCUUGUUGCUGCUUCCUUGCUUGUCUGGAUACAAGAUAAUGUGGGUUGGGGAUUGGGUUUCGGAAUUCCAGCAGUAGCCAUGGCAAUUGCUGUUAUAACUUUCUUUUCAGGUAGUCGAUUGUACAGGAACCAAAAACCUGGAGGCAGCCCUCUCACUCGUCUCUGUCAGGUGGUGGUGGCAUCCAUAAGGAAAUAUCAAGUUGAAGUACCAGCUGAUAAGUCUCUUUUAUAUGAGACUACUGAUGCAGAGUCCAGUAUCACUGGAAGCCGCAAGCUCGAUCACACCAAAGAUUUAGGUUUUUUCUUUGACAAGGCAGCAGUGGAGACACAAUCAGACCACAUUAAGGGUUCAGUAAGCCCAUGGAGACUCUGCACAGUGACCCAAGUUGAGGAGCUAAAAGCUAUCAUAAGAUUGCUUCCUGUAUGGGCCACUGGUAUUAUCUUUGCUACUGUUUACAGUCAGAUGAACAAUUUAUUUACUUUGCAAGGUGAUAAAAUGAAUACACACAUUGGGAAUUCUAGCUUCGAGAUCCCACCUGCAUCACUUUCCAUCUUUGACACUCUUAGUGUCAUCUUUUGGGUUCCAAUCUAUGACCUAAUCAUUGUGCCUGUCGCAAGAAAAUUCACAGGUCACAAGAAUGGCCUAACUCAACUGCAAAGAAUGGGCACUGGCCUCUUUAUAUCCAUAUUUGCGAUGGUGUCAGCCGCAGUUCUAGAGUUCAUAAGACUUCGGAUGGUGAGAAGACAUAACUACUAUGAACUUGAUGAAAUGCCAUUGUCAAUUUUCUGGCAAGUUCCCCAAUAUUUCCUCAUAGGGUGUGCAGAAGUCUUCACAUUUAUCGGGCAGUUGGAAUUUUUCUAUGAACAAGCUCCUGAUGCUAUGAGGAGUUUAUGCUCUGCUCUCUCACUCACCACAGUCGCGCUUGGGAACUACUUGAGCUCAUUGCUUGUAACCAUUGUUACUGCUAUAACAGCAACCAGUGGGAAGUAUGGAUGGAUACCGGAUAACUUAAAUCAUGGUCACAUUGAUUACUUCUUCUUGCUCUUGGCAGUGCUGAGUGUGUUAAACCUGGGAGUUUUUAUAUUUGUGUCAAAGUGGUAUACAUAUAAAAAGCCAGUGGGUACUCUUCGUGCUUCUGCUCCAGGAAAGUUAGGUGUUGAUAUAAACUACGGGAAAACAAUAAGCAGAGCAAAGACACAAGGGAAUGACUCUGUUGACACUCUCAGCAUCUGUUUCUGGCCUCAAGCCAACUGUUAUACAAAAGAGAAGUGUCAGCAACAGACACAAAGCGCAAUAAUGUGGGCUGGGGAUGGGGUUUCGGAAUCCAGCAGUGGCCAUGGCAAUAGCAGUGCUGAGCUUCUUUUCAGUUUCUUCGAUAAGGCAGCACAGUGGAACACAACUGAUGAUACUAAGGGCCAUACAACCCAUGGAAACUCUGCACUGGUGCAGCUAUGGAUACUCGUGUUGGCUCCUCUAGCUUCAAGAUCCCCCAGCAUCACUCCAUCUUUGACACCCUCAGUGUCAUUUUUUGGGUCCCAGUAUAUGACAGAAUCAUUGUCCCAGUUACCAGAAAAUCACCGGUCACAAAAAUGGGAACUCAGCUCCAGGGAUGGGCAUUGGCCUCUUAUAUCCAUAUUUGCCAUGAUAGCUGCAGCAACAUUAGAAAUAGUAAGACUUGGAAUUGUGAGAGAGCACAAUUAUUACGAGCUUGAGGAAGUUCCAUUUCAAUAUUUUGGCAAGUUCACAGCAAGCAUAGCUAUGGAAAAGGAUGCUACUUACACGAAGGAUGGGACAGUAGAUUACCAUGGAAAUCCGUCCAACAAGAAGGAAACUGGAACUUGGAAGGCCUGCCCCUACAUUCUAGGAACCGAGUGUUGUGAAAGAUUGGCAUACUAUGGGAUGAGCUCCAACCUUGUUCUUUAUUUCAAGCAUCGUUUAAAUCAGCAUAAUACAAGUGCUGCUAAUAAUGUCUCAAAUUGGGGUGGAACAUGCUACAUUACACCUUUAAUUGGAGCUUUUCUAGCUGAUGCUUAUCUAGGAAGAUAUUGGACGAUUGCCUGUUUCUCAAGCAUUUAUUUGAUUGGAAUGACUCUGUUGACACUAUCAGCAUCUGUUUCUGGCCUCAAGCCAACAUGUUAUGCAAAAGAUAAGUGUCAAGCAACAGAUACACAAAGCGCAGUGUGCUUCAUAGCACUUUACCAGAUAGCUCUAGGAGCUGGAGGGAUUCAGCCUUGUGUCUCAUCAUACGGAGCUGAUCAAUUUGAUGAUGCUGACGAUUCUGAGAAGAAAAGCAAGAGUUCUUUCUUCAAUUGGUUCUAUUUCUCGAUCAACAUUGGUGCUCUUCUUUCUUUUUCUUUGCUGGUAUGGAUACAAGAUAAUGUGGGCUUCGGAUGGGGUUUCGGUAUCUCAGCAGUGGCCAUGGCAAUAGCAGUGCUGAGCUUCUUUUCAGGUACUCGGCUUUACAGGAACCAAAAACCUGGAGGCAGCCCUCUCACACGCAUCUGUCAGGUUGUGGUGGCAUCAUUUAGGAAGUACAAAGUUAUAGUUCCAGCAGACAAAUCUCUCUUGUAUGAGACUGCAAAUGCAGAAUCCAAUAUCAAAGGAAGCCGCAAGCUUGAUCACACAAAUGAUCUUAGUUUCUUCGAUAAGGCAGCAGUGGAGACACAAUCUGAUCAUGCUAAGUGCACAAACAACCCAUGGAAUCUCUGCACUGUGACUCAAGUUGAAGAAACAAAAGCUAUUAUACGUUUGCUCCCAAUAUGGGCCUCUGGAAUCAUCUUUUCCACAGUGUAUAAUCAGAUGGGAACUUUAUUUAUAUUGCAGGGUGCAUCUAUGGAUACUCGUGUUGGUUCCUCUAGCUUCAAGAUCCCACCAGCAUCACUCUCCAUCUUUGACACCCUCAGUGUCAUCUUUUGGGUCCCAGUAUAUGACAGAAUCAUUGUCCCAGUUACCAGAAAAGUCACCGGUCACAAAAAUGGCCUAACUCAGCUCCAGCGGAUGGGCAUUGGCCUCUUCAUAUCCAUAUUUGCCAUGAUAGCUGCAGCAACAUUAGAAAUAGUAAGACUUGGAAUUGUGAGGAGACACAAUUAUUACGAGCUUGAGGAAGUUCCCAUUUCAAUAUUUUGGCAAGUUCCACAGUAUUUCAUUAUAGGAUGUGCAGAAGUGUUCACAUUCAUUGGACAACUGGAGUUCUUCUAUGAACAAGCGCCAGACGCCAUGAGAAGCCUGAGCUCAGCACUCUCUCUGACAACUAAUGCAUUAGGGAACUACUUGAGCUCUUUGCUUGUAACAAUUGUGACCCGUAUAAGUACCAGAAAUGGAAAGCUUGGAUGGAUACCAGAUAAUCUGAACUAUGGCCACCUCGAUUACUUCUUCUGGCUAUUGGCAAUGCUGAGUGUGCUAAAUUUAGGUGCUUUUCUCUUGGUUGCAAAGUGGUAUACAUAUAAAAGGCCAGUGGGAACUCUGCGUUGAUCAUUUAUAUCCCAGCUUGUACAAGUCUUCACUACUUCUCUGAGACUCUGAAGUUAACGACGGGAGAAAUCCUCUAAUGACCACCCUAUUAGCAAUCGAGGAGAAUUGAUCUCUUGAAUAAUACAUUCAAGAGUCUUUAUCGUCUCACCCAGCCACCCAAGGGUUGUUUGAGUCCAAAAUUAAUUUUUUUAAAUUCUAUUUAUUUCAAGAUCAUAAACACUAAAAGUAUUUAUUUAA